AUGCGGUCCAACAAACCGUUUGGUCGAGGAUACUCUACAAUAAUGGAUCCAUGGACCAUAGUCCAGAGUUUUCCCAAUCGAUCUACAUGGCAAAUGAUAAGAAAGCGUGGCGUAGCGCCGAAGACGCUGGAGAUAUGUCUUGUCAUAAGUAGGCAGCUGAGACGAGCAUACGACUCCGAGCCGACGCACGUUAACCGACAGAGUCGGUUUAUUCGAUCGAGCGAACCGCAGGGUAUGCAUCUCCAGGCCAGAUUGCGAGCAGAGCAGGAAAAUUCAUAUCCAACCAGAGACCAGAGACUAUGGAUGGGACUGUUGACAUUGCAAGGAAUUAUUGAUUAUAAACCAAGCUUCCAACCCUCUAUUCCGACAGAUUACUCAAUCAGAAUAGUAGCAGGUUAUCCUGGGAUGUUCGAGUCAGUUGGCACGGUAUCACCUGCUCCAGGGUGCAUGUGA